GGUAUUCAUGUUCACAGUCAUAAGAAACCAAAAUCUCCCACAGCCUGCUUUUAUAGAGGGAAGAGAAAACAGAGUGAUACGAUAACAACAAAGGGGCGGGAGCUUAAAAUAUGGAGUUACUCUCUAUGCAACAUGUAAUCACUCUGUAAGACCAGAGCAUUUCCCUUUGCUGUAAUGACUUUGCUUCGAUGUUUUCAUGUCAUGCUUCUUAAAUCUACAUUCAAUAUGCUGCAUUUGUCUAAACGUGUUUGUUUUUACUGAAAAAGACUUCAUAUCCGAAACAUACGAGUAAUUCAGGAAACAAAAACACUGAGAGACAUGAUUAAAAUGAGCAUCAUCUCAAUAAAGUACAACAGCAAAAUACUCUCUGCACGUUUAAACAUUGGCAAUAAUAAUCCAGUAAUGUAAUAUGUAACAGUAGCACUCAGAGGAGUCAUAUUUCAUCAUUAUCAGCACUUUUACUGUAGGCAUGUCUGAUACCUUUACUCAAGGGGCAUUUUUUAAGCAACACUUUUACUUUGGAGUAUUUUUAUGUAUUCCUGUUUGGGGUGUUGCACCAUAGGGAUACUGACAAUCCAUCCAUCAUCUAUACACUGCUUAAUCCUCAUUAGGGUCGUGGGGAGCUGGAGUCUAUCUCAGGGUGAAGGCAGGAGACACCCUGGACAGGUCACCAGUCUAUCACAGUGCUACAUGAACAGACAAACAAUCACACUCACAUUCACACCUACUGACAAUUUAGAAUUACUAAUUGAUCUCAGCAUGUUUUUGGACUGUGGGAGGAAGCUGGAGAACCCAGAAAAAAAAAUACACAUGCACAGGGAGAACAUGGAAACUCCAUGCAGAAAGAUCCCAGGCGCAGGCUGGGAUCUGUGAACUGGGGAUCUUCUAGCUGCAAGGUGAUGGUGCUAACCAGUCCAGUUAUGGUACUGGCUCUCUCUCUACCUCCAUACAUUUGUAGUUUCAGUAUGAUUCAUUUGGUAAAAAUGAUACCAAGCACGCAAUAAAUAAAGAUGAUUUAACUGAUUGCAUUGUUAUUAUUAUUGUUUCACUGAUUGCAAAAAUAUCAUGGAUUGUUUUGGCUAUGAUAAUCAUGUAGUGAAAGUCAUCAUAGCCCUAUUUGCAGUACUUGUACAGUGUCUCUCCAAGGAGUAGCAGUAAAAACACAAUAUGAACAGGAAGGCUGACACCUCUAAAGAGCAACAUGUACCUUUUAAUGACGUCCAUUUUUACUUCCUCAGAUACUAGCUUGAUACAUAUAACUUCAUAUAAAACCUUAAAAUGCCAAAUUAAUUAUUCUCAAAAAUGUAUUUUUUAUAAGAUAUUGUAUUCACAUGAAGUUCAACAUGACACCCUCGAAAAAACACAUUUUGGACAUUUUUUUUCCUUCUCAAAGGCUGAUUGGCACAUUGACAAAUGACUUUUCACCUUUUCAGACAUUUUCUGAUCAGGUAUUCUGUUUGAUGUUGUCUUUCUGUGAACUCUGUGUUCCCUGUCUUGCAUUUCCCAAAACUGAAUUUAAAAUAACUUUACAAGAUACAGCUGUGUAAAUACACAACACUUGUUGCAGUUCCCAUGAUGUUCCACUGCACCAGCUGGAUGUAACCAGAUGGUUUAGAUGUUAACACAAAAGGAAAACUGUACUUGGCACAACAUGACACAAAAUGAAGUCAGCGUGUACAAAAUCAUUUGUGUAGUUUUAUGCUUGUGUGCAUAUGAUUAUGUAUUAUUUAAUGCAUAUACUACCAGUCAAACGUUUGGACACACCUUCUCAUUCAGUGCUUAUCAUUUAUUUGUAUUAUUUUCUACAUUGAUUAAUACUGAAGAUUAACACUUUUUGUUUACAUGUAUUAUUUUAUAGUUUUGAUGUGUUGAGUGCUAAUCUAGAAUGUAUAAAAUAAUUAAAUAACAACCAUUAAAUGAGAAGGUGUGUCCAAACUUUUGACUGCUAGUGUAAACUGUGUGUCCACCUGCGUGAACGUGAACACAACAUGGUUAUCCUUACACACAUGUUGCAUAAUGUAAAGUGAUCAGGUGACUGCUGGCAGUCAGUCAAAAAGGACCACCUCUCCCAGACAGAGUUCAUAUAAGGCUUUAGCCAUACGUUGGAGGUCUUCCCCACCAAAAUGCAUCUGACUCAUUCCCUCCUCGUCCUGCUCCUCAGCCACCCAGCCCUGUUGACUAAUCGAGCUCUGUGGCUGCUCAGGACGAUGAUCGUGUGCACUGUACCUGACAGCUGGCCAGUGCUGGACUCUGCUGGUCAGUGCUGGACUAUGCUGGUCAGUGCUGGACUAUGCUGGUCAGUGCUGGACUAUGCUGGUCAGUGCUGGACUAUGCUGGUCAGUGCUGGACUAUGCUGGUCAGUGCUGGACUAUGCUGGUCAGUGCUGGACUCUGCUGGUCAGUGCUGGACUAUGCUGGUCAGUGCUGGACUAUGGUGGUCAGUGUUGGACUAUGCUGGUCAGUGCUGGACUAUGCUGGCCAGUGCUGGACUAUGCUGGUCAGUGCUGGACUAUGCUGGUCAGUGCUGGACUAUGCUGGUCAGUGCUGGACUAUGCUGGUCAGUGCUGGACUCUGCUGGUCAGUGCUGGACUAUGCUGGUCAGUGCUGGACUAUGGUGGUCAGUGUUGGACUAUGCUGGUCAGUGCUGGACUAUGCUGGCCAGUGCUGGACUAUGCUGACUACGGCUGCUACUGCAGACUGGGAGGAUCUGGCACACCUGUUGAUGGCUUGGACAGCUGCUGUCAGGUCCAUGACCGGUGCUACAGUGAGGCCUUGCAGCAUGAGGAUUGCUGGCCCAUCCUGGACAACCCCUACACUGAAAUGUACAGUUACAGCUGUGAUAAAGCCAGCAAGACAGUCACCUGUCUGAGUGCAGUGAGAGAGAGAGACAGGAAACGGGAGAAGAGUCGGGGGAAGACAUGCAGCAAAGGGCCACAAGCGGGAAUCGAACCCGGGCCAGCUGCAUCGGGGACCAGCCCCUAUCACAACAAUCCUUGUGAGAAGUUCGUCUGAGUGGGACCGGAAAGCAGUCAUGCUUCGCCAAGGCAGAAUAUCAUGAAGAGCACGCCCACCUUCCUAGCGAUCGCUGCAAAUAAACUCAGGAGCACAGAGAUAUGCAGUCAGGAGGGACUUUUUGAGACAAGGUACUAAACAUAGCUGAAUCAAAUGUUACUCAGCUUGAAUACAGCAAACUUCCUGAGUAUGAACAUGGAUGAUUGUAAGAUGAAUCCAAGGGUGGGAGUUGCCAUAGUCAGGGAAGAAAUUCUCCGCCAGCACCGAGGAGUGUGUUGUUAUUGAUAAUCAAUAAAGGAGAACAAGUGUUAUUGUUUUCA